AUGUUACGUCGGACCCAAACAUUCCGCAUUCCUAUUCGAUUACAACGAAUGGUGACUACAUGGUCUCCAUUGACCACUGCAUUCAACACUCGUCCGGAAAAGCGUAUAAAUUUCACCAAGAAUGAAGUGGGACUGUUUGGUAUACCGGAACUCACAUCGCAUGAAGGGUUUUAUGUACUUAAGGAAAAGGCCAUGUUCAAAACCGAUGAUCUUAUCGAGGAAGCAACUUCACCAAACCGCCGACGAAAAAUGGUUAUGAUCUUUGAUGAGCUUUCCGAUACGCUAUGCAAAGUGGCGGAUCUGUCGGAGUUCAUUCGCUUAGCUCACCCGGCAGCUAAUUAUUGCUACGCAGCUGAGGACGCUUGUAUUACUAUUAGUGGCAUUGUGGAGAAAUUGAAUACCCAUAAAAAGUUAUUUAACUCAUUGAAAACCGUCGUAGACAACGGAGACAAAUUAGAGACUACCGACGUCGAUAAGCAUGUGGCCAGAUUAUUUCUUUUUGAUUUCGAACAAAGUGGUAUUCAUCUGGAGGAGAAAGCACGGCAACGAGUGGUGUUUUUAAAUGAUUGCAUUCUUCAACUUGGUCAACGGUUCAUGGCCGGAGCCGUAAAUCCUAGACAAAUUUCAAGAAACAUUCUUCCUGCUGCUAUUUUACCUUUCUUUCCUUCAGAUGGUGACCAUAUUCUCGUAUCCGGAUUGUAUGCCGAUUCUGCAAACAGUAAGGCUCGGGAGUCAGCAUAUCGCUUAUUUCUUUAUCCAGAUAAGGAUCAGGAGCGUCUAUUGUCGGAAAUGCUAAAAUGCCGACACGAACUUGCCACAGUCUGCGGAUUUCCAACAUACGCCCACCGAGCACUGAAAGCAAGCACUGUGGAAACACCGGAGAUGGUGGAUUUGUUUUUAGAUGCUCUCAACGAACAGCUGGGUCCUCGUGCAGCUAAAGAUUUUUCUAUUAUGCAGAAAAUGAAAACUGCAGAAUGUGGCCAUGAUGUUCCGCUGGCUUCUUGGGACACCCCAUACUACACGUCUUGCUUGAAGCGCAAAUAUCUACAGGCAAAUACUUCAGAAUUUUCACCCUACUUCAGUAUAGGAGCAUGCAUGGAAGGUUUGAACCUACUUAUGAACGGACUGUUCGGUAUCAAUUUGAAAAAUGUGGAAAUGGAGCCGGGAGAAUCCUGGUGUCAUGAUAUAUAUAAGCUGGCCGUUGUACAUGAGACGGAGGGUUUGCUUGGCUAUAUUUAUUGUGAUCUUUUUGAGCGGCAAGGAAAACCGAACCAAGAUUGCCAUUUUACGAUCCAGGGAGGCAAAAUAUUGCCAGAUGGAAGUUUUCAAAACCCAAUCGUUGUCGUCAUGCUGAAUCUUACGCAACCCCGUUGGUCAGGACCGACACUGCUAGCUCCUUCUAUGGUGGACAAUCUCUUUCAUGAGAUGGGACACGCAAUGCAUUCGAUGCUCGCAAGAACGGAAUAUCAACAUGUGACUGGUACACGUUGUAGCACAGACUUUGCAGAGGUUCCUUCAGUGUUGAUGGAAUAUUUUGCAAAUGACCCACGAGUGAUAAGAUCCUUUGCUAAACAUUUUCAAACCCAAGAACCAAUGCCUGAAGAAAUGUUACAACGACUAUGCACAUCGAAACAUUUAUUUGCUUCGAGCGAAACACAGCUGCAAGUGUUUUAUUCUGCACUGGAUCAGGUUUACCACGGAGAUCACGGUCUGCAUGGGGAAAACACAACUGCCACACUUAGAAGAGUGCAAGAGAAAUAUUACGGUCUUCCUUACGUGGAAAAUACCGCAUGGCAGCUCCGUUUUUCUCAUCUGGUCGGAUACGGUGCAAAGUAUUACUCAUACCUUAUUUCGAGAACAAUUGCUUCAUGGAUAUGGCAAACUUAUUUUGAACAGGAUCCAUUCAGUCGAACACAAGGUGAAAAAUAUCGUCGUGGAUGUCUAGCAUAUGGUGGUGGUAUUCCAAGUCGUUUGUUAGUUUCAAACUUCUUGGGACGAGAGAUUAAUCCCACAAAUUUAACUUCAAGCCUAAUUAACGAGAUUGAUGCUUGUAACGAUCGUUUAAAACACAUGGACGAUCAUUUCCGGUAG